UCGUACGCCACGUGUACUAUCUACAUCCUCUCCCUUCCUCUCCAUCUCCAGCCGUGUCUACUUCCUCCUUCGCUACGGAAGAGAAAGAUGACUCCUUAUCGCUCUCGUCCCCUCCCGCUUCUCUUACUCCGUCCUCAUCGCCAUCGCCAUGAGUUUUCUCACUGAGCGGGCUCUCCGCGAUCACAUGCUGGCGCCACGUGGCGACAUCUUGGCAAUUCGGCAAGUUCAUCAUCCGCGAUUCAGUCUGGACCUCCUACGGCUCGCGCAGUUCUUCGGCACUACCGGAGUGUACACAGCAACAGAGUUCCGAUUCACCGGCCAUCAUCAAGCGAUCGUCUUGGCAGAGGCGACGACGGUUCGACGGCUGUCAGCACCAGGAGUUAGCUACGUAUCCACCGUUGUCAUCUUCAGCGGUGACACUAGCGCGAUCAGCCCUCUGCGACACACGCCCAUUCGGACGUCGCUAAGGGAGUGGGGUCAGCAGCUGGCAGCAGAUUGGAAUCAGUGGCUUACGAGCCGCGACGAUAAUCUUGUCCCCACGGACGACAUCGAAGUCGGGGCACUCCGGACGUCUCGACACGAGCCGGCAAUGCUGACGUGGACAAGGGACGUAGAGCACCGCGCUUGGGUCGCAUACGUGGAGAUGUGGAUCAUUCAAGCUUGGAGGACGGAAGUGGAAGGAAACCUUCUCGGAUUUCUAUUCGGAUCGGUGCAUCCCGACCAUCGACAACAGAUCAUGCAGGAGCUCACGAUUCCCCUCGCGCAGCCGGUUGGUGAUCUCCCUCUCAAUAUCAUUUCCCAGUGCGACGAGAGCCCGGUCCCGCACGUCUUUUCACGGGCUUUGACACCCUACCUGCAGUGGUCAGCUUGCCUCGAGGAGUUAGCAGGCAACAACAACCCGCCAUCGCAACAACCAUACCUGGAUCCCCGGGGGAUAAUUGACCUCGCUUUCUUUCAGCCUCGAACGGCCUCCGAAGACGAAGCGAUAACACUAGAGGAGGAGGAGGAGGAGGACGAAGAGGGAGGCGACGAGGAAGAAGAAGAGGAAACCUCGACAGCAGAUCAUGCAGGAGCUCACGAUUCCCCUCGCGCAGCCGGUUGGCGAUCUCCCUCUCGAUAUCAUUUCCCUUGGUCGGCUUGCCUCGAGGAGUUAGCGGGGAACAACAACCCGCCAUCGCAACAACCAUGCUUGGAUCCCCGGGGGAUAAUUGACCUCGCUUUCUUUCAGCCUCAAACGGCCUCCGAAGACGAAGCGAUAACACUAGAGGAGGAGGAGGAGGAGGAAGAGGACGAAGAGGGAGGCGACGAGGAAGAAGAAGAGGAAACCUUGGAAGAGGGAAGUUACAGCGAGCACAACGAGGGAGAGCAGAGCGACGGCGAGGAAGAAGAAGACGAGGUGGAAGAAGAGGAAUCUGAGUGGGAAACCCAGGGAGAAGAGGCGGAAGGCGCGGAGGAGGAUCCCGAGGCGGCGCGAAAGAGAGAAGAAAUCGCCGCCGGCAAGCAGCAGCUGGAGUACGCAAGCGAAGCGAAUCUGCCAAUCUCGAACGAUCCAGCUAAGGAUCCGGAGCCGCCUAAGCCAAAAGAUGGGGACCUUGCUGCCGAGACUUCGCGCGCACCGGCCAGGCGACGACGAAGCCGAUCCCCCUCCCCCUCCACCUCAGCCCGGUCGCAAGGUGGGUCUGGAAGCUUACCAGGCGUCACGAUUUCAGGACCGGUGCCUCGGUCCGGCAUGGCUUAUAGGCCACCCUCCAGGACAGGGAGAGUACCACAUGCUGUCAGGACAAGGGCCAAGGGGCCGGUGAGCCCCGAGGAACCGGCAAAGGAUGUUCCUGAGCCUAGUGGGGAGAAAGAGGUUGUGGAUGUUCCAGAGGGAGAGGACGAUGAAGACGACAGGUUGAGGAAAGAAGAGGAUGAGAAGGCUGAGCAAAGGGCCAAAAAGAGAGGCGCCAAGCCUGACACGGACAAGCCCUCAGAAGUGAAGAAAAAGAAGUACGCUGUCCGAGUAGAGGAAGGAUUUGACGUAGAGGAGAUAAUGGACAGGAUCCUUGAGGUGGUGAAAGGGAAGACUUGCAUGACGAUGGUGGAUAGUGGUGCGGAGAUGAAACUUAUAAAGGAGGAGCAUGAUUUGCGCCUAGGGAUGGAGAUAGAUCGCUCUGAUAAUGGGGUCCGGAUGGGGGCGAAUAGUCGAUCGGUGUUCAUAGGGACCGCAUCAUCGGUGAUUCUGGAGAUCGGGAAAGUGAAAGUCACAAUACAACCAGUGGCGUUGACACUAACCAAGAAAACCGUGGUCGAGAAAGAUUUUGAUGGAAACAAGCUCCAGGCACUCCUUGGCUUCAGCGAGAGUGAAAAGAAGCUGAAGAACUGUGGCAUGUUCCUCUACUGGCAUGGAAGGCUUAUUGAGGCUUAUCGGAGGGUGGGUGCCCAGCUUACAAUCAAAGCAGACAAGGUCCUUGGAGUCAUUGGAGUCGCGGAUGUUACUCCUCUCAUGGACAGCAACGGCAAAGUGGGGGUUAUGAAUUCGAAACAAGGGUUUGAGGCUGGGAAAGCACAAACAGAUCUCCUCGAGUGGCUUGGUGACGAAGUCAAUUGCUACAUGAAUGAUGUCAUCGACAAAGUCGAAACGGUGGAGGAUUUUCGCGGUGAUGCUACAGAGCGAUGGAUACAGUGCGACAGCUGUGGAAAGUGGCGAUUACUCCCAGAUGGCAUGCUGGCCACCUCUUUCCCAGAGCAGUGGUAUUGCUUCGAUGAGCCAUUGCGUAUAUCCUGCGAGGAACCUGAAGAAAGGUGGGAGGAUGAUCCCACUCUGAAGACUGUGAAGUGCUCCUGGGGAAAGGAGAAGUCGGAGAAGAUGGAGAAUGCAGAGGAGGAGGAAAAAGUGGAUACAGGUACGCCUUGUGAAAAGAUUGGGGUGCAUACUUUGGCAGUAGAGGCGGUUAACGGAGACCCAAAAUUUCAGCGUUUUUUUAAUGCUAUUUAUAAGAAAACCAGAAGCUCUUUUUAACCAAAAAUUGCAUCAUUCCAUAGAGUCACGCCAUAUUAACAAACCAAUAAUAAAAAA